AUGGCAGUCCUGGACGAAAUCGAAAAUGCCACUCCACCAUCGAGUUCCACCAAUAGCGAUGAAGAAACAUCAGCGACGGGGACAACUAAUCCACUGACGUUUCAAGAUCCCAAAGAUCCAGCGAACCCCAAGAACUGGUCCUUGUUCAGAAGGCUCUUCAUCACGUUCAUAUGGAUAGCCGGGAACCUGGUAGCCUCCGUAUCGUCCAGCAUCUUCAGCAGCGGCGCCCAAGCAAUCAGCGAAGAGUUUCACGUUGGCACAGAGGUCGUCACUCUAGGAGUCAGCCUCUUUGUCAUAGGCUAUUCCGUUGGCCCCCCGUUUUGGAGCCCUCUGUCCGAACAAUUCGGGAGACGAUACCCUAUGCUCGCCGGCAUGGCCCUCUUCACAAUCUUUUGCAUCCCCGUCGCUGUCGGAAAGAAUUUGCAGACAAUCCUCAUCGGACGGUUCCUAUGUGGAGUGACUGGCGUUGCGCCCAUCGCUCUCUUUGGCGGCGGACUGGUCGACAUCUGGCAUCCUGAGCAGCGAGCAAUUGCCAUGGCGACUGUCAUUGGCAUCGUUCUUGGAGGGCCCUUGCUGGCUCCGGUGAUGGGGAGCUUUAUCACUGCGAGUCAUUUGGGUUGGCGGUGGACGGGAUGGUUGAGCUGCAUCAUGGGUGGGUCGUGUACGGUUCUUGUGUUGUUUGGGUUGCCGGAGACGUAUCCGCCCGCCAUUCUGCAGAAAAGACAAAGAGAGGAUCUGGGUCGGAAUGGGAAGAGGGAAACGGGGGGCUGGCACAGAUUUGUGCGGGUGUAUCUGGUUCGACCCUUUGUGUUGCUCGGAACUGAACCUAUCCUGGUCCUCAUGACGCUCUACCAAGCAUUCGCCUACGGCAUCCUCUACCUCGUCUUCUCCUCGUACCCCAUCAUAUUCCGCGAACAGCGCCACUGGAAACUCGGUCUAUCGUCUCUGCCCUUCCUGGGCAUGAUGGUCGGCGUCUUCAUCGGUUCCGCCAUGAUUGUCACUCGAACCGUAUUGGUUCAACACGCAACCCGCAGGAAGCAGUCAAAAGAGAGCGAAUCUGAAGAAUCCUCUACAAAUCCACCUGUACCCGCACCUCCUGAACGACGCUUACCACUAAUGAUGGCAGGAAGCAUUCUCCUCCCUGUAGGACUUUUCAUAUUCGGAUGGACUUCUGCGCUUGAUAUUCCCUGGGUAGGCAUGAUCAUUGGCAGUCUCUUUGUCGGCUCCGGAUUACUAUGUGUCUUUGUCACGGCAAUGACAUACAUCCUCGACGUCUAUUCCCACGUGGCCAACAGUGCCCUCGGCGCAAACACCAUUGUUCGCUCUCUCUUCGCCGCUGGGUUCCCCUUGUUUGCGAGCUAUAUGUACAAAGGCCUCGGUGUGGCGUGGGCAUCGAGUGUACUUGGGUUCGUGAGCAUCGCCAUGAUUCCGAUUCCGGUCAUCUUUUACAAGUAUGGGCCUCGCAUCAGGGCUCUUUCCAAGAAUUUGAUAGUAUAA